GCCACAUUUCACCAGAGUACAGGCAAAAAUUUCUUGUUCCUAGUGAAAAUUUUAAUUUUAGGUUGCUCCGGGAACGAAACGCUCCGGUCACACAUGUUUCGAAUACACUCCAUUUCUCGAAUGUUUAUGUGCCGAUGUUGCAACUGGGCUUAUCCAGAUAAAACUAGCUUGCAUAUACAUAUGCAAAGCAUGCUGCGGAAUGGUACUCCUGGUGAUGUGUCUGUUCUUGCCAGGAGCUCCAACGAUGGCCCUGGAAUGGCUGGAUUUGUGGGCGAAAUGUCGCCUCAAGAACUUGAAGGAAGCCCAUCGGCAAGUCCUCCAGAAGCUUGCGAUAGCGAAACUUCAUCCAGCGAAUUGACGAGCGUAAAAGGUUCAUUAUUCGGUAACGGUAUUAUGAAUGGAUCCAUAUUUCCGGCGACGCUCAGGAAUAGCGAGAACUUCCUUCGCUUUGGGGCAAAGCCGGAUAAUCUACUUUCGCAAAUUAGCCCAGAAACUGCCGGCGGCAGUUGGCUAACGGCUUGGUUGGCCAACAGUGCUUUCUCAGCAGCAGCUCCAUUUACUUCUGCCAACUUACUAACAGCUGGUAAUGAACCUCUUCAUUACAAUUCAUUCAUUUUACUGUUGAACGCAGUAAUAAAUUUUUUUGACAAGGACACUAAGAAAUCUUCGAAUGGAAGCUCACUGGAUGAUUUACUUGAAAAAAAAGGCCUAAAUGUUGUAAGAAAUCAUCGAAAUAAGCGAAAAGCUACUAAGCCACAACAGCUGCGGAUAUCAACAGCUCUUCCUGCUGCUGAUGAUGAUGACGAGGAAUUUGUUACGCCGCCCCAGAAGCAAAAUUUGAUGGAAAAAGCUGCAAAAACAGAUGACAGUGGUAAGGCAGCGAGCAGCGACAGUAACGAAACGGUUGCAGCAGCGGUGGAAACAAGAACAAGCCCAAACGGCAUCACUUUGGUGGAUGCCUCCACAAGCCCUAUCAAAUGCUCACACUGCACGGUAAAGUUUCUAUUUUAUAUCAUACCAAAACUGUUUUAUGCACAAAAUUUCAUUUCUGUUAACGACGAGUAG